AUGGAGGCGGAGUACGCAAUCGACGAUGGCCGCGAAGAGGGAGGCACCAUAUUUUUAUCCAAAGUAAUGAACAAGUUGGUGGCAUAUGUGCAGCCUCUAGUUUCGAAACAGGCCCAAAAGGCAUAUUUGGGAACCGUACUUCUUUUCAUAUCGGCCAUAUGCAUGAUUUUUGUUUCAAUCUUUGCCUACGGAAUAUUCUAUUACAAAUUCAUUCCCCAGGUUGGCUUAGAGCGCGUAGUCCAUUUGCAAUUUGGUAAUGGAAAUCCUUGGGGAACUGCUUCUCUAGGCCCGGGUUUGGCGUCUCUCCAACCGUAUGACGUGACUGUGAAGCUCGAGUUGCCGCGCACCCCAUCGAACCUUGCGACUGGAAAUUUCAUGCUCGACUUGACCCUAUUCCCCCCUUCCUCAUCAUCAUUCAUUACCGGUGCAAAUGCGUCCAUGUACGCUAUUUCACGAUCACGGCGUCCUGCGAUCCUCACAUAUGCGUCCCCCUUGGUAGAUAUGGCAAGUAAGUUGUCUUUUAUGCCACUCUAUGUGUUUGGCUGGCAUCGGGAAGCCGAGAUAUUGGAAGUGCCCAUGAUGGAAAAGAUUGAGUUCGCACGUGGGUGGCGCAACGUACCGGACAGUUUGCGCCUAGAGAUCCACAGUCAGGAGCAAAUGCAAGUAUACAAGGCCAAGGUGGAAAUCAGAGCCAGAUUUACUGGGCUCCGCUGGAUGAUAUACUACUGGAAGAUUACAUCAUUCGUCGUUUUCACAUUUCUAUUCUGGGGUAUCUCUAUGACGUCGGCGAGCAUUGUGUGGAUCACCCUAACGGCGAUAUCCGUCGGUGACAAGGACACACACAAAGUGAAGGUAAAGAAGGAAUAUCGCGAUGACUUCUGGAUCAAGGACGAGCCUCUGGACGAGUCCACCUCUCCCUGGGAGACAUCCUUGGAUACUUCGAACGAUCAACCCGAGCAGGGUACCAAGCGAGAGAAGGAGUACCAGGCGGACGACGAGAGUGACGGGAUCUCAUUAUCAGAGGAUCACAGUGGUGGUCAAGAUGCUUCUGGAGCUGGAACAGGACGGGAGAGUCCUGAAGCGCAAGGUAUUCAGCGGCGACGAGGCCAUUUAUCUACGGAUGACAGUCCGUAA